AGUAUUGCAUGCUAAAUGGUUGUGCCAUACCCCGCUUUGUCGUGUCGCAAAGUGCGUCUGUGUCAGAGUGGUUGGAUGGUGACAGCUGCUAGCUUUCACUCAACAAGGAAGUGGAGGCUCUUGUGUUCCAUUGAGAGAACAACCGGUCGCAGUUUCUGUUGUAAAUGGUACCGAGCUUUUACAUUUAUGCUCACCUUCUUGCUCUACACUAGUUUCCACCUCUCCAGGAAACCCAUCAGCAUAGUAAAGAGUGAGCUGCAUAAGAACUGCUCAUCUGCCAGUGAACUGGCCACUGUUGCUCUGGGCAGCAGUGGCCAAGAGCCCUCUGCCUCUUCAAUCCACGCCGAUACUGAUUGCAGCUGGAAGCCUUUUGAUAAAAGCAACUACAAACAGCUGUUGGGAGCCAUGGACUACUCCUUUCUCUGUGCCUAUGCGAUUGGGAUGUACCUCAGCGGCAUCAUUGGGGAGCGUCUGCCUAUCCGGCUCUAUCUCACAGUGGGAAUGCUGACCAGUGGGCUUUUCACCUGCCUGUUUGGGCUGGGUUACGUUUACAACAUUCACAGCCUCUGGUUCUACAUAUUUGUUCAGGUGGCCAAUGGUUUGGUUCAAACUACUGGCUGGCCCAGUGUAGUGACCUGUAUUGGCAACUGGUUUGGAAAAGGAAGGCGUGGGCUCAUUAUGGGGCUUUGGAACUCGCACACUUCAGUGGGGAACAUCCUGGGCUCUUUGAUUGCUGGUUACUGGGUCUCCUCUAACUGGGGCCUCUCCUUCAUUGUACCAGGCCUCAUCAUCGGAGCCAUGGGAAUAAUUUGUUUCCUCUUCCUUAUUGAACAUCCGAAUGACUUAAAAGGUAUAUAUGCUCAGAAGCUGUCUCCUGGCAACAGAGUUUCAGCCAAAAGCUGGAAUGGAGCAAAUGGACAUUCAAAGGUUUAUCUGCAAUUCAAGGACAACAAAAACCAGAGCUACGACACGGAGCUGCUGCUGCCCCGGAAUGCUGUUUGUGUGCCUCUGCAGCCUGUUGAGGUGGUGAAGAGUGAGUCUGAGCUGUCUGCCAUCAGCUUCAUGGGAGCCCUCCGAAUCCCCGGAGUGGUGGAGUUUUCUCUGUGCCUGCUCUUUGCAAAGCUCGUCAGUUAUACCUUUCUUUUCUGGCUGCCCCUCUACAUCACCAAAGCAGCUCACUUGAAUGCAAAAAAAGCUGGAGAUCUCUCCACAUUGUUUGAUGUUGGAGGAAUUGUGGGGGGGAUCUUAGCAGGAGUCAUCUCUGAUAAAAUGGGGAAGAGGGCCACCACAUGUGCAGUCAUGUUACUACUGGCUGCUCCAACACUCUACGGCUUCUCCAUGAUCAGCCAGUUUGGUCUGGGACCAACCAUUGGAAUGCUGUUGGUAUGUGGAGGCCUGGUAAAUGGACCGUAUGCCCUUAUAACAACUGCAGUGUCAGCAGAUCUGGGAACACACAAAAGCCUGAAAGGCAAUGCCAGAGCACUGUCCACAGUUACUGCCAUCAUUGAUGGGACAGGAUCUGUAGGUGCAGCUGUGGGACCCCUGCUGGCCGGCCUGUUAUCUGCAGGUGGCUGGGAUCAGGUCUUUUACAUGCUAAUGACUGCAGACUUCCUUGCUUUGUUGCUUCUGCUACGGCUGGUGACAAAGGAGCUGUCCUCAUCUAAAUCCCACCCUGCCUCUGCUAUUGAGCUGAAGGAGCACUGAGCACCCUGGUUGCACUGCUACCACACACACAAACACCUCUGAAACAGAAGUUUCUGGCAGCAUAUGACUAUAGGUGAGACUUGAACUCUUUCAAUGCCCAGGCAACAAAUUGAUCAUUCAGAUGAAAGGGUUUUAAUGUGGGGUUUUUUUUCUUGUUACUAAAAGAGACAGUAAACCGCCCUAUUAAUAUGAAAUACUUGUUACAAACAUGACGUUUGUAUUUAUGCUUUGUAUCACCAUUGUGUCUGAAAAUAUUUGAAUAAGCCAUUUUUGCAAUGUCCUGCCAGCAGGACCAGAUAUAGCCAGACCACUCAACGCUUUCACCUCUACUGCCAUUUUGUUUUGUUUUUUGUUUAUUUUUUUAUCCGUGUUGGCUCUUAUGUUUGUUCUAGAGUGCCAUGUUAAAUUGAUAAAGUGAUGCAUCUAUCAAAGUCAACGCUCAGAUCAGAAAAGCACAGACAACAUCUCUGUAUGUAUAUGAGAAUUGUUCUAGUUUGAUGAAGACCUACUCUUCCACCUGUCUCCACUCAUGGAUAGAUUGUAAAUUAUGGGCCAAACACUCGGUUUGGAAAGGUUAAAGUGAGUUUGUAGCUCUAGCAGUUUGCUGUCUACAUGCCUCCCAAAAGACCCAUUGUUUUUCAGCAGCUAACCACUGAAAUCAAGCUGCUGCUGUAAUGCCAUGUUUGCCUUACUAAACCAAAGAGACUAGGAUCACUUUAUUAGUUGAGAUGAAGGGACCUUAAUCUGUGUAUUUCAUUUUGAUUAAUAUUAGAUUUUGUCAUUAUUCUUGUAAUGGGGGCACAAAAGCUAUAUUUUUCUCAGAUGCUAAGAGGAACAGGGUUUGUUUGUGGUGGGGAGAGGGUGUAAUAUAUUGUGAAUGUACUUUUCAGAUUAGAAGGCUGGCUUUACAGAUUUCAUGGGUUUAUUUUGUAGUGCAAUUUUUGUAAGGUUUUUAUUUAAUGCAUGCACAUAAUGAUUAAGUUGCAACAUUAAAUCUAUUAUCUAAUUUAUCAUUUUGGAAGAUGAUCAGUCCUUUCAUGAAAAAAUGGGAAUCUCUCAGGGUAUUUUUCUAUUUUAUUUAAUUAUUUAUGGUCUGUUAAUUUAUUAACCACUUAGAAAAUUAUCAUUUUAUUUUUCUUACAAGAGCACAUGUGUAUAUUUGUUGUGUAUGUAAUGGUGUUAGGGCUUGAGUACUUGAAAUUUUGUGUGCCUUGUUUGAUGUAACUGCACUUGAGUUCAGAAAGAAAAUCACAGAUGUAUGAUUUCUGGAGUUGAUUGUUCAUGGAGCAUACUGGGAAAAUGAAUAAACAUUUGUUAUGGGGGA